CUGAAUAAUCGAUUUUUAACGAAGUACAAAAUGUAUACAAGUUGUGAAACAAGCCUUAUAAGCUAACUUGUUCGAUUGAAUGUGAAAAUUGAUGCAUUUACAUUCGUUAGUUGUAUAUUUCAUUUAAUUACCCACGAACUAGCAGUAUGGUGUUAUGAAAAGUAUUGAACAUAAAUAGAAUAAACUCAUAUUUAGAAGGAAAAAUGAAUUUGCCGUAUCUAUUUUUUUCUAUAAUAAGCUUCAUUGCACUUUCAGUUUCUCAGAAAGCCAGCCCAAAGUUUUUAGGUUGUUACAUAGAAGAUAAUUUAGUAUCACUAGGUGAAGAAUCCCAUGUUCUGACUUCAAUUUCACCUAAAUCAUGCGCUGAACUUUGCCAUGGAAAAUCUUACCUUUUUGCCAACAUCAAAGUUGACACCUGUCAUUGUAGUAAACAUUAUAUUUCAAGAUUAAUGAGGCAGUAUGAUCAUGAGUGUAAGCAAAAAUGUUCUGGAGAUCUUACAGCAUCAUGUGGAGGCCCUCCAAAUUUUGUUUCUGCAUAUAUUACAGAUAGUUCAAUUAAUUCGGGUUUAGUUAGUCGCGGUAGUUACCCUAUUGCCAUGUACUUGGGAUGCUUCGCUGAGAAUGCAAAUGACGAAGAAAACCGUUUACUAAAAAAUCCAAUUGGUCCCAAUAAUCAUAAUACUCCACAAAAAUGUUCAGAAAUAUGUUUUAAAAAGGGUUACGUAUACGCUGGUGUAACUUAUGGAUUAGAAUGUUGGUGUGGAAAUCAAAGACCAUCUAAAACGUCUGUAGUUGAAAACUCAAACUGUGAUGUUCGUUGCAGUGGUGACAAAAAUCAAUUUUGCGGUGGAGGAUGGAAAAUAGGUAUAUAUGCUACAGGACUUACAGAAUAUGUUGCCAACAAUUAUAUUGGAUGUUUUGAAGAAGAACAAAAAAAAAACAAAACCAAACUUUUAAUAUUCCAAAUGGGAACUAAUAACAGCCCAAAGCGGUGCAUGAAUCUCUGCAAUUCUCAAACAUUUAAAUAUGCUCUUCUAAAAGGUGAUGUGUGUGAGUGUCAAAAAGCUGCAGUAAAUAAUAGACUGAAGAGAGAUCAAAAUUUUUGUAGUACAUCAUGUGUAGAAGACCCUUCUGAAUAUUGUGGUGGAAACAAUGGUUAUAGCGUCUAUAAGACAUUAUAUAAUGAUCAUACCGGUGGAGUAGGAGUACACGCAAUUGGUUGUUUUCAAAAUUCUAGAAGACAUCCAAUAAUGGACGGAUGGCGAAUAACUGUACCUAAUCUCACCCCAAAAUAUUGUGUAUAUAGUUGCUAUGCACGAAGGUUUCCAUAUGCUGCUCUAGUAUCUGGGAGGGAAUGUAUGUGCAGCUUUAAAAGGCCAUUAGAGGAGUCAAGAGCGGAAUCCGAAUCGGCUUGUCAUACUCCUUGUUCCGGCGCAAGAGAUCAAAAGUGUGGUGGAAAUAAUGUUAUCAAUGUAUACCAUACAGGAUUAAAAUGGGAAACUACAGUAAUGAGUAAUCAUUACAUAGGCUGUUAUGAAGAAUCGGCAGACAACCGGAUAUUUAAUGGCUAUUCGAAGUCUUUUCCAGUUAAUACUCCAUCGUUUUGUACAAAACUUUGCUUUAAAAAAGGAUUCAAAUACGCAGGAGUAACGUAUAAAUCUGAAUGUUUUUGUGGCGAUCAACCACCAAAUGAGUCAACUUUCUCGAAGGUAGAGGACAAUCAAUGUAAUACCAAGUGUUCAGGAGAUGCCAAUCAAUUUUGUGGUGGCGGUUGGCGGAUGGGCGUAUUUACUACUGGUUUGAAAGAUCUUGAUAUUGAGAAUCGAGAUGUGGGAUGUUUUAUUUUGGAUGAAAAUGGAUUGAAUACACAUACUGUAAAAUAUGAAUUCGUCAAUACAAAUUCACCUAGUAGGUGUUCGGGACUUUGUAAGGAAGUUGGAUACCGUUAUGCUGGAGUUGCUAAAUUUAAUUGCUACUGUACAAAUCGCAUCCCAGCCAAUGACAACGCAGUAGAUGAUUCAGAAUGUGGCAAUAUGUGUUCGGGUGAUAAUAGCCAAACAUGUGGGGAUAGUGACAGAAUAAAAUUCUUAAAACUAACAAUAGAUGAGCCAAAUUUAGACAAUCGUGAUACAAAUACCAUCUUGGAAGAAUUUGACAAUUUAAACCUAGAAUCAUUGUGGAAUUAUGAAAUAUAUAUGGCAGGAAACAAUGCACCAGAUUAUGAAUUUGUUAUUUACAACAAUUCUAUAAAUAAUAUCUUCAUUCAAAAUGGAGAACUUAUAAUAAGACCAACACUUUUAAAUGAUAGCGUUAUAAAAAGAGGAAGUAUUUCGUUGAAUGGAUGUACUAAAGUAUUAGAAUCUGAUCAAUGUACUAAAACCGCUUCUUCGUAUAAUAUAUUACCUCCAGUAAUAUCAGGAAAGUUGACAACAAGAAAUUCAUUUUCUUUUCUUUAUGGUAAAGUUGAAGUUAAAGCAAGCUUCCCAUCUGGAGAUUGGAUUGUACCUGAAAUCGCAUUGGUCAGUAAAAGUAACGAACAAUUGAAAAUUGUGAUAGCUUCAAUAGCCGGAAACACUAAUUUACGUUGUAAUAAUAUCGAUGAAAGUUCUAACGUUCUGAACUUUGGUAUUAAAGCUGGCAAUGAAAAUGCACAGAUAAAUACUAAACUAUUGAGAUUAUCUUCCGGGACAUCUUGGUCGAAUAGCUAUCAUACAUACACAAUUAAUUGGACUCCUGAUAUAAUGGAAUUUGAAAUUGAUGGUAAUAAACAAGUUUUGGAUUUAUCCUACCUACCAUUAGAUAUCUUACAUGAAUCUGAGUUUUACAUUUCAAUUGGUGUAUCAGUCGGUGGCAUGGUAAGGUUUCCAAAUAAUUGUCAGAGCAAUAGUCAUGCUAAGCCAUGGAAAAAUGAUGACAUAAAAGCUCUAAUUAAUUUUUGGAGAGAUAACACUUACUGGUUUCCUACUUGGAAUCAUGAAAAAUCUGUAUUACGGGUACAAAGCUUACAAUUUACGCCAUGGAUAAAUCCAAAUUAAAUAGCAUUUGAAAACGUCAUAUUUAUAUGGUUUGACGAAACAAUAUUUUAUUGACAGAAUAGUUUUAAAUGAGACAAAAUUAAUUUUUAUAACUAUCAUUCUGUAAUACAUUACUUCUUGGAAGCAAAAUUAUAUUUUUUGAGUCUUAUAUAAGAGUCAAAUUAAAAUAAAUUUUACAACAAACAAUUUUACUACAAAAAAAAAAAAAUGUAUAGAAAUGAUAGUUAAAUACGGGUUUAAAGAAGUAUAAAAUCAAUUUUAUUUAUGAACUUAAAUUGAAAAUAAAUAAAUAAUAUUUAUAAUAAUUAAAUUAUAGUUAUCACUUAAAUACUACA